UUAACAUUUUGUUGAAUUUACAUGUUUUCUAUUGUUAAAUAUUUUCAAUAAUUAAUUUUAAUAACUCUUGGUUUGUAUCUUCAACAAAAUUUCUAAGUUAGUUAAGAGACCUUCUCUAUGAAGAGCACCCAUAGCUGGAGAAAUGCGCCCACGUACCAAAGUGGCAACUGGUAUUGGGACAAGAAGAGCGACAGUUUGCAUUUCGAGGCCCACAAUGAUUUGAAAGAUGAGAUGGAUCGAUAUAUUGAGACAAAUGGCUAUAAGUUUCUGCGGACAAUUACCACAGCGGAGGAGGUGAUCUUUCAUCAGAACUUUGCUCGUCCGGAGACAUCAUACGAUUACGAGACAAUUGUAAGCAUAGAUGUUCGAAAUCUGGUCCUGUUUUUAAUGCCCAAAGAGUUUCUGACAAAGAAGUUUAUCGAGUUUAUGCAUACUACAGAAGUAAGCAGAUUACUAAAUAGCCUAAUUAUGUACUUUGCAUAUUUUCUACGUUUGGUGGAGCUCAUAUUGAUCCGCAGGGAUGAGCUCAAUGGCAACAUGGGCAUUAUUCAGAGCGAGCAAACGGUCGAAACGAGACGAAUGUUCUCGAUCCAUUUGAGUCAAUAUCGCAUGCUGGUGGGCCGUAACUACAGCGUGAUCCUCAUGGACGAGGGCAAGGUAGAUCACUCGAACAAGUGCGGUAGCAUAACAAUAAGCGAUAACUUGAUUCAGGAACAAUUUCUAGCAGUAGCCACGCAGAUAGUGUGGAUAUCAAUGCAUAGGAUGGCAUACGACGUGAUCGAGAUGGAGAUGAAUCGAUUAUUUCGCUCAGAGCAUUUUAUUAUAAAUAAACCGGGAUAUUUAAAGUUCACGGCAGCGGAAAAAAGCUUGCUUUAUGGGCGCCGGAAUAAGAUUGUUAACUGUCUCGCACAAGUCUCGCCACUGAUACAGGAGCUGGAGCAUGUACCUAAUGAGGAUCUGCCCAUCCUGUGGAUAGGUGAGCGCAAAUAUUGUGGAACGGAUAUACGCAUUGCCACACUUGAGUUGGAGUAUAUUGUGCCCAAUCAACAACUGCAUCUGAUUGACGUCAGUCGUGGUAUUAUGGGACAUCCAAAAAGAUUCUACGACACACUUCUCAACCUAAACUGGUCAGCGGUCCGCGAGGAACACUACUCACUUGAGAAUGAUCCGUAUCACAUAUUGCGACAACCCCAUCUGCAACUGCCAAACAUUAACGAGCCGACAAUACGAAUAAUGUCCAAGCACUGUGAACAUUUCCUCAAGCUUCAUCGUAUGAACGAAUCCAUAAGUCGGAAAAUGCUCUCCAAGUGGCUCCGCCGUGAGAGCAUCAUCAGCUCCGCCAACGGAAUGGUCGGGGUUGACAUCUAUAAUCGCUGUAAAAAUGAUUUAGCGGACAGCUCUUAUGGCCCACCAAUAAGAGAAAUUAUCAGCAAUUAUUUCAAAGUCGUUACCAAGCUUCGAAAGGAAUGAUGCGAGCAAUGAGAUCUUGACACUCGGCUCAGUUGCCCGUCAAGUGCAACAAUCUGAAGCCGAACAGGUCUCAUGCGCUGCAAGGUUAUAGCUGGUAGAUUGAUGUGAUAUAUACAAUAUGAGGGAAGUCGGAAAAAAAAAACUGAUUUAGCUCAGUCUGUCUGUUUUUUGUAGUUUCUGGUAUGGCACUCGCAGAUCAAGUUUACUUGAAAUAAUCGAUAACCAUUUCCGUCUUAAUGUUAUCGAUACAAAACAUCGAAAAUCAGGCUAUAAUGUGUUUUCAAAAAUGCACGUAACAGGCAGCAGGACGCGUGCCAUAGCCCAUGAAGUAGAAAUAUUCUUGAUCAGGGCAACAAAUUGAGUCGAUCUAAUAAUGUCCGUCAGCGAUCUCGUAAGGCACAAAAGCUAUCGACUAUAUUAUUUUACAAUAUAGAAAUUUGAAAUGUGUACUUUUGUAUACCAUACGCAGCCCAAGCAUAUCUUUUUUUCCGUAUCGAGAGUACCACAUUUACUGUACCCCACAGUGGCUUUGUGUAUUUGGAUUUUAGAUACUUGAUCUCUUGCCCUCAGAAAACGCACUUCCAUACAGGCUUACAGGCUUACAGGCUUACAGGCUUUUGAUUUGGCAAAUAUACACAUAUGUCAUUAUCACGUUCUGACCAUUUUAACAAAAGUCAUUAUCCGGAAGAAAAAUUAUUCAACAACUAAGUGUCCUUAGCAUGUGCAUGUGUGAACAUGUGUUGUUGGCAAUGUGUGCAUACCAUCAUCGUAGAAUGAUUUGAAUACCAUCUCCUCGCAGAGUUCAGGGUAUUUUUUAUUUUGAAUUCAUUUUGUUUGCAAAUCAAAUAACCAAAUUCAAUACGUUUAUACUAAAUUUUCUAAGCUUAUUAUAGAUAUGCUAACAAUUAAUGCAGUUUAACAGACUGUUUCUAUUCUGUAGCUAUGAUAAUUGAUAGCUGUCGAUGAUAGCUGUUCUCUGUAUAAAAUAUCUUCAACUAUUCAACACAAAAAUUUAGUCUUUAAGUCGGAAAUAAAAAGCAUUCUUUUCAAAUUGAGUGGACGAGCGAAUUACACAUAAGCUGUAAACAUUAUAGAGAUUUUGUUUGUCAGCUAUUUGCAAGAGCUGCUUUGCUCGAUAUACGCUGACUGCUGCUCAAAAUAAAUGAAAAAUCUGCUGCACAGAAUUUAAAUGUAAUGUAAAUGCAAUAUGCAACAGCAUUCAAUUCUUUCGAGUGGCUCUCGUCUUCUGGCAUGCGAGUCGAAUAUUUGCGUUGCAGUCCCACAAUGUGGGACUCAUCCGUUAGACAAAGCAUAACAAAAAUAUCUCCCAAAACACAAAUAUUUAAAGCCAACGGGAAAUGUUUUUCAAUAUUUAAAUUAAACAAGUUAAGCGGGCAAUGGUCGCAAAUACAGUUUCAAACGUUUACGGUCAACAAAUUUUCUCUUUAUGCCGCUAUAAAAUCCAACUUUUUAUCUCCAAAGUUGUGCGUACUACGGGUACACUACGAAAUUUUAAAACGAUUUGACAAUUAAACAAACCAAACAUUGUCAAAAAUUAAAAAAAAAAAA